AGUAGAGGGAGCUGUUUCUAAUUGGUUGUCAACUGACUGUUUUGGGUUCUAUCGGAAUUGCUCAAUCGCAGCGUCUGUUUGUUCAUAAAACGUGUUAAAAAUACGAAACAUCCAAAGUCUUUAUAGCAAGUCAGCCCAAUGUCGGACAUGUUUGGAACGCAUUUGGGAGGCUAUUUUUAGUCAUGACAGUGCAGCUCCUAUUUACUUGAAUGGGGGAACACUGAAAUCUCAAAAACGGUUGGUCAAAAUUACGAUCAAAGAACAUAUUUCAAAUCAGCAAUACAAUUUGAUAAUAUUGGAUUCAUAAAUUGUGCUUCUUUACCUCAUAUUACGCUAAAACACGCAAUUUUCCCGGUUUGUGUAGCUAAUGCGCAUGCGCCUUAGCGAAUUGAUUGACAGGCGAUGUCUGUAUCUAAAAGGUGAUUGGCUCUUUUACCUGUAAGGCGGGACUUCCUUUAUACAUCCGUUGACUGCUGGGCGAUAAAGCGUAUUGGUUGGGCGUUCCAAUUUCUCCCAUUUAUUUUAAUAGAAGUGGUCCGUCUCUGCUAAAUAAUCUCUGAAACAACACCACAAUAACGAUAAGUAAAAAGUAACGGUAGGUAGAUAAGUUGAUAAAGUGUGACCCAUAGACGAUGGUGAUCAGUUGUUGCGCAUAUAACUGUAAAAACACUGCGAAGGAGAAGAGCCUCUCAUUCCACAAGUUCCCGCUGAAAAACCCAAAAUUGCUGAAGAAAUGGCUGUACAAUUUAAGAUGGAAGGACUGGAAACCUGCUCCACACAGUAAAGUCUGCUCUCUCCACUUUGAAGAAAACUGUUUUAUUAAAGAGGGCAAGAGAGUCAGACUUCAGUCAUGGGCUGUGCCAACCAUAUUUGCAUUCCCAAGACGAGUGGAAGGAAGAAAGAGUAAGAUCAAUCCAAGAAGCAGAAGAGCUUUGGGAAAUGUUGGCGAUGUCAAAGCAGCACCAGGAGGUGAAAAUAGUUCCAGCCAGAGGACAGCAGACCGAAAAAGAUCUUCCAAGCAGCAGCUGACAGGACAGGAAAAUAGACAACCAUGGACCAUCCUGGGAGACGAGGCUGUUGACCGAAGCAUGACUCUCCCCAGUUUCUUUCACAGUGGAUACUGUUUGCCAAAGAACAUCCGCUGGGCAGGAGAUGAUGAAUUAAAUGUAAAGCCACAUGUUGUUUACGGAGUUCGAGGACAAACAAAACCCAAUAUAAUUGAGGUUAAAGAAAGGUGGGAAUGGCUUGGGCUUGAUGUAAGAGGCCCAUUCUCUCCUACAGUUGACCAUCACACACACAUCUUGACCCUGACUGACUACCAUUCCAAAUGGGUGGAGGCAUUUCCUCUGACUCAGUACCUGAGUCAAGAUGUAGCCGAGUGUGUUGCUGAAGUCAUCAAUCAGCAGGGCUACCCUCUCGGAAUUCUAUCCCGGCUUUCCAGAGGGACCCUCAAGGAAGUUAACCAUGAAUUGAAGAAACGUGUGAGGUUUAAAGGAAAAACUUUGGUGAUACAACACCGCCAAACUGGUUACAUGGAUCUGGUCACUGAGUCCCUUCUCAAUAAGAUGUUGGAUGAGUUGGUAAAGAAACACAGAGUCACUUGGCAUGUCCAUCUCCCUGCUGCGACCCUUCAGUUCUGUUGCACGAAUCACCCCACAACUCGAGAGAAACCCUUCACCCGCAUGUAUGCCAGUGACCCGCCAUUCUCAUCUUCACCCAGAGAACUGCCUUUGGGUGUGACUGAUGUUCGUUUGAGUUCUUUCGUCAUCUCAUCCACUGAAGCCAACAAUCUAGGAAUUGUCUCUGAGACUUUAGUGCACUGACUUAGAUCAGAUUCCUUCUGUUCAGGAGCUAAAAGAAGUUUUGUCAUGGUUAUGUGACUGUUUUCAUAUUGCAUUGUCUCAUUUUUCAAGUUCUUGCUCAGAUUUUUAGUAAUGACUCAUAGACUGUAAGCAAAGAAGCAUUUGAGCUGCCAUGCUCAGGGGAAACCCGGGUUCGAGUCCAGCCCAGGUCAUAUUCCCAUCACUCUCUCAACGUUUGAUUUCCUGUCUUUCCCUGACUGUGUGUAAACUUAAGUUUUUCUUUCUUGCCCUGUACAGUACAAAUAUUGUAAAGCAAUAAAAUUAUUUUUAAAACUGAAAAAGGAAACCACACUUUACGGUAUUAGGAAUUGUAAACCAUCCUCUUAUGUUAAUAAAUAUAUUUUUGAAUAUAUUUAUGAAUAAUCUGGUAAGAAUAGCAGGAAACACUAAUACACAAUACAACAAGGUUGUAUUUGUGAUUAUUAAAGGAAUAUUCAGGGUUCAAUACAAGUUAAGCUCAGCCGACAGCAUUUGUGGCAUAAUGUUGGUUAUCACAAAAAUUAAUUUAGACUCAUCGAACCUUUAAAAAAAAAAAGAAAAAAUCUGUGUUCCAGUGAGGCGCUUAUAGUGGAAGUGAAAGGGGUCAAUUCCUGCAGGGUUUUAAGGCAGAAAUGUGAAGGUGAUACUUUUAUAAAAGCACUAGCAUUAAUUAUUCUCUUAAAACUCAUGUAUUAUUUGAGCUGUUAAGUUGUUUAAUUAGUUGUUUUUAUAAUCGUUUUAGGGUUUGUUGACAUUACAUCUUCAUGGCAACAAAGUUGUAAAAUUGGAUAUAACUUUACACAGAAUAGGUUAGUCAGUGAUUUUAUCACACUAAAAUCAUGAUAACAUGCAUUUGUUUAUGUUUUGUGGCUAUACUUUUGAAACAGUGAGUAUUUUAACAUAAAAAAAUUGCCCCCCAUUCACUUCCACUGUAAGUGCCUCACUGUAACACUGAUUUUUCUUUUUUUGAAAGAAAAGGAGGUGCAAGUCAUAAUUAAGGUUUGUGAUUAUCAGUAUUAUGCCAUAAAUGCUGUCGAUUGAGCUUAACUUAUAUUGAACCUGGAAUAUUCCUUUAAAGCAGUAGUUAACAUACAAACAAUGAGCUUUACAGCAUGUUUUAAUCUCGGUUAAUGUUAAUUUCUACACAUAUUUAUUUUUUUACUUUAAAAGUUGUGUUGCAUUAACUUUUAUUUUAUUGAACUAACAUGAACAAACAACGAACAGUAGUAUUUUCAUAACGUUAUCCAAGAUUAAUUAAUGCUAUAAAAAAUCUCAAUAUCUAAUGCAUUAACUUAUGUUAACAAAUGGAAACUUAUUGUAAAGUUUUACUGAACAGCAUUAUACCUAUUUUAGUUCUCAUACAGAAGAGAAGAUAGAAUUAAAAGCUGCUUUUCCCGAAACUGCUUUUUGUUGUAAAGUACCAUCAUUAUCUUCAGGGUUGGGAGGGUAACUUUUGAAAUGAAUUCCACUACAGAUUACAGAAUACAUGCUGUAAAAUGUCAUUUGUAAUGUAUUCUGUUAGAUUACUCAAUGUCAGUAACGUAUUCUAAAUACAUUGGAUUACUUCUUCAGCACUGGUUGAUUUUUUCACUUGUUUUGACUAUAAAAACUCUGCCAGUACAGUAAGACAAAAUAUACAUGUUAAAAAUACAUUCUCUGAAAAACCUAAAUAUUUUAUGCAGUGUUGUUUCUAAAACAAGAUAAAUCAAACUGAUCUCAUUUUAAGGAUUUGUAGAUAUUUUUACAGGAAAACAAUACAAAAAUUCUUAUCAAGAAUAUUAUUUUUGCCCUAAUAUCAAAGGUCUUACUAGAAAAAAAGAAAUUAUGAUCCAACAUGAAUUUUCUUGAUAAAAAAACAGAUCGCGCCUGGUAACGUGCAUGUAAAAUGGCUAGAAAUAGCAUUUUAGCAAUUUACACAAGGUUUAUUUCUAUUUCUUCUGCUCCAAACUUACUUCAAACUUACUUCUCUGUCUGCUCGUAUGAAUGUAACGCAUCAUAAGAAAGUGUUUCACUGCUGUACAAAUGUACUUUGGAUCGCAUCAUUUAUAUGUAUAAAUG